CGUUUUGCCCUGACUUCUGGUUGACUGCCGAAGUCGUGAAAAGCUUAAAUAAGGUAAAACAUCGCUCUGCUUGCUUGAGCGCACCUUCAAAACGAGCGGCUUUACCAUCUUUUCGUCUUCAGUUUUAGUAUCUACGUAGAAGUGACUUGGCUCGAUAUACCGGCAGAACAACUCUUGAUUGAAAUGACUCUACUUUCUGCAAUUGUGCUUGCCACUGUGCUUCUUACUUCGAUCGCGAGUGCACUCCCGCAAGUGGUCAGGGAGAAGAAACCGUCAUGGCCCCCUGUGAAAGAUCCAUGCACACUGUCCCCUGACCCUGGGCCUUGUGAAGCCCUCAUUCCCAAGUACUUUUAUGAUUCCGAGCGGCAGACUUGUGAGCAGUUCAUGUGGGGUGGAUGCGAUGGAGUGGUUCCGUUUCAUAGUCUCGAAGAAUGCGAAGAGAGCACUUGCAAUCCUUGUGACCAAAGCCCCGAUCCGGGGCCGUGCAAAGCCCGCUUCAUUCGUCACUUUUUCAACAAGGAGAUAGGGGCAUGCGAUACUUUUGUGUGGGGCGGCUGCUUGGGAAACGUCCCUUUUGUGACUCUGGCAGACUGCUUGGACGCCAAAUGCUCAGCGCACUAGGAAAAAUAUGGUAGGAUCUGUGUGCAACAGCGAAGAACCAUGCAGACUCUUUAUUCAUCGACAGGAUCUUUCAUUUCCAGCUAUCCUCACCGCACCACAUGGUUUCAGCAAACGCUUUCGAGGAAAUAAUAGUGCUAUUAUAUAAUAGUGCUAUUAUAAUUUAGAAAGAGUAGAACGCAGCACACUUGCCUGUUCCAAAUGAAUACAACGUUGCCUCUCAUUAGGACUAUUCUAGGGAUCCCGCCCUUCUUGAAAAGUACCUCAUCUCAGCAGCGAUGCAGAUACUUCAAAUUCCACUAUGCAAGAUGUACAAACAGUUCGACGGUAGACGUUUCUUCUAAAGCUCAUAGUGCGGGGGACGUUAAAAAAAUCAUCAUCUCAGUGA